GAACUGAGUCUUUCUUUCAGUGAGGAGUCAAUGGGAAAUUACUUCACUGGGUUGUACUACUUUGUUUGUCCUCGUUCUUGUCCUGUACCCACAAGCAGAGGGGAUCUUCUCCUUUUGAGAGAACUAUUCUGGCUGUAGGACCAUCUGCUUUUACCUGCAUUACUUCACUCUCGCCUUAUUGACACUGUGACCAGCUAACAGUGUUUAUGGUUCAGUCCUUUUCGAUAUACACAUGCAAUUUCAGCACUGACACACUGGACAUGGCUGUGACACGUGGAGAAAAAACAGAAAAGGUACGCCACCCAAAGUGUCACACUGCAGUUUAACACGAUGGACAGUGCCAGGCCUCACAGGCCCUCGCUGAAGUCAGAGAUGUUGAGCCAGGAUGACCCCAAAUCACACCCAAUGCUAGAACUACGAGAAAAGCUCCAGCCAGAGGUGAUCGAGCUGAUUAAACAGCAGAGGUUGAACCGCCUGUGUGAGGGCACAUGCUUCAGGAAGAUCAGUGCUCGUCGCAGACAAGACAAAUUCUGGUAUUGCCGUCUAUCACCAAAUCACAAAGUGUUACACUAUGGAGAUAUAGAGGAAUUCUCACAAGGACAAAUAUCACACGACUCUCUCCAGGAGAAAGUGACAGUAGCAGAUAUCAAAGCAGUGGUUAUGGGUAAAGACUGCCCACACAUGAGGGAGAAAGGAGCACUUAAGAAUAAGGAGCUGCUGGAGCUGUCUUUUUCCAUUCUUCAUAACUCUGAUGAAUAUCUGAACUUCAUUGCUCCGGACAAGCAUAAAUACUGCAUUUGGACUGAUGGCUUGAAUGCUCUUUUGGGAAAAGAGAUGACAAGUGAGCUCACAAAAUCAGAUAUGGACACUCUGGUUACUAUUGAGCUGAAACUUCGCCUCUUGGACCUCGAAAGCAUUCAGAUUCCUGACGUCCCGCCUCCUGUUCCCAAAGAGCCCAGCACUUAUGACUUCGUUUACGAUUUUAGCCAAAAGCACACUUGAGACUGGAAUAAAGUCCUUACUCGUGCUGAUAAUCAGCUGUAAAGAGUGCUCACUUUUUCUCUUUUUGUUAUUUGUGUUUCCUCACUUUCCUCUCGUAUAGACAGAACAAUGUUCAAAUCAUACAUUUUCCUCUAGAUUGUGACUAUGAUGUGAUGCUUAGUUUUCUAUUUCAUUGAAAUGCCUCUCAUGACUUUACUGUUCUGCAAAGAGGAAAAACUCACAGUAACAUUCUUUUCAGUCAUCAGUUUUAAUGAACAUUCAACUUGGUAUCAUGCAACCCUUUUGUGUAAGUAAAGUGCAUAUCUACCUAAAAUACUGAGCAUGGAUUAAAAUAAAAUUCAGAAGCUACAUUAAAUCAUGAACACAUACACAGAACUCACAUGACUG